AUGUCUGAAACCCAAGUCGACACCAACGUAGGGACUGAGGGACAGAUUCAUGACCGGGACAAGAUCAAGAAUCAUCUGAAUGCCACAAUUCCGGUCGCUCAGAAGGCUCUGCAAACAGCCAGGGACUAUGUAAACAGGAUUGCCAAAACUCCGCCGAACCAGUGUAAUACCACUGCCAUGAAGAUCGUGAAUGCUGGAAAUCCCGUUAUAACGGUCGUUCAUGACAUUACAGACAUGUAUGAAGUUGUUUCGUCAAUCAUGAAGGUCGAGAUAGAGAGAAGUGAUCCGUCAAACCUGCAAAUCGCCACCAUAUGCUAUAAGAUGGGUUUCGCUCAGUCUUCCGUUGUGUUCUUUUUGCGCCAUCUAAGCCAGGACAAGGCAGCUCGCCAGCUCGGUGACAACAUGAAUGAGCGCCUUGAGGCGUUGUUACAAGGUUUGAAGAAGACAAUGAAAGAGUUUGGCCAAUAUGCAGAGCUAUGCUAUAGCAAGAAGUCCAUCUUGGCUACUCUCCGGGGCGAUGAACUAUCUAAAGAGCUCAGGAAACUCUGGGAGCGUUUCGAGGCUCAUGAAACAGAGUUUAUCGAAUUCUUCUCCAUCGAACUCCCUAACAGCGACGAUCGCAUUGAUAUAGAUGGAAUUUUGCAAUUGAUGGGCCAGUCUACUGCUCGAGAGAGGAAAGUUACGGAUUUUAUCCAUAAGAACGGUGGCGUCGAGGCUAUCGCACGCGACCCCAAGAAAUACAACGAGUUGUCAACUAUUGUUGGAGAAAAGAUCGACAGAAGUCUGUUGCAACUAGAGCUGACCCGUUUACUUGACGAUAACAAGAAAUACUUCAAUUUCAAGAUUGAUGACGCAAAGGAGCAGAUCAAAACAGAGUUGCAGGACUCUCGAGACGUUAUAAUAAAACAUCUUGAUGCUGGACCGCAUGAGCUGAUCAAGGAUCCCGAUCUGCGGAAUAUAUGGGCAGGUGUUCACGACCAUUUUGAACCGCUUAUGAAAGAAAAACUUCGCACGGAUGCGUCCCAUCCGGAUCACUGGACGCUGCCGUUCUUAUCCAAGUCAAUGUAUUAUCCCGCCAUAGCAGACGCCAUUGACGAUGAUGGAAGCGGAUAUAUCUCCGUCAGUGAAUGUAACGAUUUCAUGAAACGUCGGCCUGAGGGAUGGAGUACACCCAAGUGGCUUUCUUUUUGGGCCAUGGUGUGGCUUAUGAACAAUGAAACGUACGGUGAUGAAAGAUACGUUUACAAGGUGGAAGAUCUCAUAAAUGGCAUCAAUAAAGCAGCGCGACGGGCAAAGGAAGAAAACAAGGAAGCAAUGUCGGACUAUCUAAAGAACUUAAACUGCAUCAAGCCAAUGAUUCUUGAAUCAAUCAACUGGGGUAUCACGGAGAACUUGGCUAACUUCAUAGACUACAACGAGCUUAGUUCUAUUCAAGAUGAGUACAUGGAUCUUGAGGAGUCCCGAAUCAGAGACCAGCUCGCCAAAGUAGACUACGAAUUGGAUAGCAUAGACUUGCUCCCGAGUAUCACGGGACAAGAUCGAAUUGAAUUAACCAUCAUGCCACUUCUGUAUUUGUUGUUGAAGUGCCAGCUUGAUGAAGUUAGAAGAGCUUCGGAGAACAUCUUGGACGACCCACGGGACACCUUCGACAGCUUUUCUGAAAGCAUUACUACAAUUUUUUUUGCCUUCGACUGUCGGCUGGAUGAACUGGUCCGCGGCUGGAAGCAGGCUCGAAUGGAUGUGUCCGUUCACGUCACGGCCUUUGCUGGUGGGAUGUUCGAUCAAUGGAGCCAAGCGCGUAGAAACCCUCCUACAAAACAGUUGAAGCACCUGCGCAGCAUAUGGGCUGGCCGUGAUGAUGAUGAUGACGAUGAUGACGAUGACGAUUUUGUUCCUGACGAAGAUCCUGAAGAAGAUCCUGACGAGUCCACGUCUAAUAGCCGCCUUAUCCUCAUGGAGCGGAAAUUGACAAAGCUGGAUGCACUACUGACGCUGGUGGCUCAGAAACUUAAUAUUGACGUCACGGAGGUUGCCGAAAACAACGGCCAGGAUAUCCAAGAUAAUUCAGAUACAGAGAUAGCUCGGGGUGCGAACGGCGACGGAAAACAAAGCGAGGAACUUGAAGUUAAGAUGAGAGAACGGCUAAAUUCAAACACUGAUAAUCAAGACAAUGACCACACAAUGUAA